GCUUCACGUGCAUCCUUUUCGAAAAAGUUUCACAGACCAACUGGCUAGCACCUUGAGGUGGGAAGCUGGCGAGCAAUGUUCGACUCCCCUGGACUCCAAAUUUUUUGGCUGAAUAUUGCAUGGCGACUUUUUGCAUGGCACUGUUUCGCUGUGGAGCCUGAGCGCGUAUACUUCGCGCGUAUAGUUGGCGCCUUUUUUUUCGACUGUAAGGUUCUGGCGCUUUUUUUUUCUUUUUUUUCGGCUGGCAGUGCAGACGUUUGGGCUACCAAAGGAGUAUUUAUGCGCUUGCAUACUGCUCCCGUCCGUGCAUUUGCUUCUUGCAUGCUCACCUUGCUGCUUUUCUUCUAAUCCUUCCACUCCGCUAAACACAAUGGCAACGGCGGCGUUUGAUCUCAACGAAGAACCUCCGUUGGAGCAUGACAACGGAUUUGAUUUAAACCUGCCGUUAGAUGAAUUUGGUGCAGUCGACUUUGAUUAUCUACAAAACCAUGCUGAUCCUGCUCCCGUGCAACCAAACCAACGAAGGAAAGACAUGUCCGAAGAAGUCAGAAAGCAAGUUUAUCAAACUUUGUUGUUAAGAAGCAAGAAUGGGAAGCUAGGCAAGUCAGAUACAAAAGUUGUGGCUGCUCAGUUUGGUGUACAUCUUCGUCAAGUUCAGCGCCUGUGGAAGCAAGGUAAAACAGCACUUGCAAAUAACAUUCCGGUUGAUGUUGGUAGUCGUAAGAAGGGAACAGUUGGCCGUAAGCCAUCUAUGUCUACUGCUGAUUUGGAAGUUUUGCGUAGCAUUCCUUACAAAGAAAGAAUGACCAUUGAAGAUGUGUGUGCUAAACUUAACAUGAGCAAAUGGGCUAUUCAAAGGUAUUUGAAAAAAGGAUUUCUUAGGCGCCACUCUAGCUAG